AUGAAGGCAUCUAUUGCUGCAGUCUUAUCGGCUGCCUUCGCAGUACUCGCACAAGAGGGCAACGACACCGCACCAUUCCCAGACACCACAUAUCCAGAUGCCAUCUCACCAAACCCGGCAGCAGUUGCUGGUGCACAGUCCAAUCAGACCUCUCCACCAGGCUAUCCAUCUCCGUGGAGCAGUGGAAAAGGCGACUGGGCUGCAGCUCACGAGAAGGCUGUGGCGUUGGUCUCGCAGCUGACUCUCGAGGAGAAGGUCAACCUGACUACUGGAACCGGCUGGUCCCUCGAGCAAUGCGUCGGCAACACUGGAGGCCUUCCUCGUCUCGGCAUUCGAGGCUUCUGCUACCAGGACUCACCUACAGGUCUGCGCUUCACUGACUUCAAUUCUGCAUUUGAAAGCGGCGUCAACGUGGCUGCCACCUGGGAUCGUAGCCUGGCCUACCUGCGUGGGGUGGCGAUGGGUGAAGAAUUUCGCGACAAGGGCGUAGACGGAGCACUGGCGCCAGUCGCGGGUCCUCUUGGCCGAUCACCAGCCGGUGGACGCAACUGGGAAGGAUUCUCGCCCGAUCCAUACUUGACCGGUCAACUCUUUGCUGAGAGCGUCAAGGGAAUCCAGAGUACUGGCCAGAUGGCUGUCGGAAAGCAUUACAUCGGGAACGAGCAAGAGCACUUCCGUCAGGUACCCGAGUCCAUUGGUUUUGGCCUGGGCAACAUCACCUACCCUGGAAGCUCCAACAUCGACGACCAGACACUCCAUGAACUCUACCUCUGGCCCUUCGCAGAUGCUGUCCGAGCUGGAAUGGUCUCCGUCAUGUGUUCUUACAAUCGCGUCAACAACUCAGAUGCUUGCCAAAACAGCUACCUGAUCAACCACAUUUUGAAGGGUGAGCUCGGCUUUCAGGGCUAUGUACUCAGCGAUUGGCAGGCGCAGCACUCCGGAGUCUCGUCCACCUUGGCUGGUCUUGAUGUGUCAAUGCCUGGAGACAUCGUUUUCGACUCAAGCACCAGCUACAACGGAGCCAACUUAACAAUCGCAGUGCUUAACCGCACCGUACCACAGUGGCGUCUCGAUGAUAUGGUUGUGCGAAUCCUUUCUUCCUGGUACUAUGUUGGCGGCGAUGAGACUCGAAAGGAGAUCAACUUCAACUCGUGGACCCCCGACACCUUCGGCUCCGUCUACGCCUUUGCCGGUCCCGACUACGGCUACGGCCAAGUGAAUGAGCAUGUCGAUGUACGAGGCGAACACAGCAGGGUCAUUCGCCAGAUCGGCGCUGCCUCUACUAUUCUGCUGAAGAAUGUCAACGGCACGCUGCCAUUGACAGCGAAGGAAAAGCUUACUGCCGUGUUUGGCGAAGACGCUGGCCCGAAUCCUUGGGGACCAAAUGGAUGCGCAGAUCGCGGCUGCUAUCAAGGCACAAACGCUAUGGGCUGGGGCUCUGGAACUGCCAACUUCCCAUAUCUCGUGACACCCGAUACCGCCAUUCAAGGCGAGGUCUUGGAGCAGUCGAGCGCCUACGAGAGCAUCAUCCACAAUGGCGCUCUGGCCCAGAUCCAAGCUCUAGCCAAAAAAGCUUCACAGGUCGCUGGUGUCUGCCUCGCAUUCGCAGGUGCCGACUCUGGAGAAGGCUUCCUGAUGCCAGACUAUAACUACGGUGACCGCAACAAUUUGACGUUCUGGCAAGGCGCUGAAGCGAUGAUCGCAAAUGUUACCGCCAACUGCAACAACACGAUUCUGGUCAUUCAUUCAGUUGGCGCUAUCGAUAUUCAGCAGUGGAAGGACCACGAAAACGUCACAGCUAUUGUGUGGGCCGGCCUUCCUGGAGAACAGAGUGGGUAUGCCUUGACGGAUGUUCUUUACGGCCGCGUGAACCCAGGAGCCAAGCUGCCAUACACAAUCGGCCAGAAUCGUACCGACUAUGGCACCGACUUGCUGUACAAGCCAAACGGCCCAGUACCGCAAUUCGACUUUCAAGAAGGUGUUUUCAUCGACUACAGGCGCUUUGACCAUGCUGAUAUCGAGCCCACGUACGAGUUCGGCUUUGGUCUGUCGUACACUACGUUCAGCUAUAGCAACCUAAAAGUCAACAAGCUCGACGUAGGCGAAUACACACCGACCACCGGAUCAACAACUGCAGCUCCGACCUACGGUACCAUCAACAACGACCCGUCAUCACACGUCUUCCCAGACAACUCAACAUUCCGUCGUGUGCCAUUCUUUAUCUAUCCUUGGCUCAACAGUACCGACCUGGAAGCUUCUUACGGUUACACCGAUUAUGGUGACAACAGCUUCGUCCCAGAAGGUGCGCAAAACGGCGGUCCACAACCACUUCAUCCAGCUGGUGGCGCACCUGGCGGUAACCCUCAGCUGUGGGACACCCUUUACAACGUCACUGUCACCAUCACCAACACUGGCGACGUCGCUGGCGAGGAAGUCGCCCAGCUUUACGUUUCAUUGGGAGGGCCUUACGACCCCAAGAUUGUUCUUCGCGGCUUCGAGAAGGUUUCCAUUCAGCCAGGCGAGAGCACAGAUGUCCACUUUGAUUUGCACAGGAGAGAUCUGUCUAACUGGGACACUAUUAGCCAGAACUGGGUGAUCAGCGAGCACGCGAAGACAGUGUAUGUCGGCGCCAGCUCGCGUAUCCUGCCUCUGAAUGCUGCACUUGAGUAG